AGGAAGAAAAAGGAAAAAAGAAAAAAAAUCAGAGGAGAAGAUUGAUGGUCAGUGAGCCGCCGAUUCGCAAAUGGGCUGCCCCCGAGAAGAACGACGGCGCUACAUCCAACAAAAGGAGAGAAAUUUUGAGCUGCCAUCCAACGACAUUCAAUGCCACACUCUUCUAUUUUGUCCUGCCAACAGUUACAGUUCAUUGCUCGUUCCUCUGAUCCCAUGUUCGAUCUGUUAAGUCUCUUUGUCUCUCUCUUGCUUUUACCUAAUUCCGAUGCUAAUUUCUUUCAUUAUUGGGUCAAGUGCUGAUGGGAGUUCAAAUGGGUUUUCUUUGUUUUGAGAUGGGUUUGACUUGCCCUGCUUGUUGAUGCUCAUUUGGAAGACUAUCUUUGCCCAUGACUGGUCAGACUUAUCUGAGUUUUGCUCGUUUAAUUGUCACUGUUGUUGAUUUUGACUUCGAUUUGACUGCGUCUGAGCUCGUUGGCACUUGGUUUGUGAUGUUUUGAGGACAAUAAGAGGGUGAAUCUAUCUGAAAUGGGACAUUCUAAGUUUUAGAAAGGGAAUUUUGCAAUUGGGUUUGUAGGAGAAAAUUCCUUCAAGGAAAUACUUGAAGAGUUCUCAGAGAACUUGGCCUUUUGAAUUUAUGAGGAUAUAGAGUGGGAUUUCUGCAAAAUAUCUGGAAAUAUUGGUCAUGGAUAUUUCAGAAUGUGAUACAACCGAAGGGUUGGAGCAUAAAAUGAAAAAGAGAAAGCAAGAACAGUUUGAUGAUGCUUCUGAAGGAAACAAUACGGGUAGUGUUUGUUCUGGUUUUGAAUUUGCAUCUUCAUUGGAUAAAAUUCUGUUUGAAAACGAUCCUUCUCCAGAUGCCACAUUAAUUAUGUGCUCGAAGUUGGAAUCUGAAACAGGAAAAACUCUUCCAGAGAUAUGUAAUUCAGAAGGGAAUGUUCAUGAAAACGAGCAUAAUGAUGACCAAAAAUUGUCAAGGGAUACGGAUACAGAGCAUGAAAAUAUUGAUGGUUCUGAUAAUCUUAUCCUGAAUGCAGCAGUUGUAAAACAGAAUGUUGCUGGGUGUAGUGUUGAAAUGCAAGAGCCAAAUUCUAUGAAUGCUUACAAAGAAGACUCUGGGGGGGUCUCUGAAGAUCCAGGUGGUUUGAGAGAUCAUGAGGUAUCUGAUCAAGGAAACAUCGACUCUGUCGCCCAAGAACUGAGCAAGGAGAUGAUAGAUGUGAGGAAGGAUGUUCAUUCUAGAGAAAAACUCUCUGACCCUGUUUAUCCUUUGCCAUGUAAUGAGCAGGAAUACGAGGGGGAUGGUUCUUUGAAAAGUUUAGAUGUAGAGCAAAUAAGUGACACAUUUGGUAAUAAUGCUUCGGAAAAGAUUGUGGAAGGCCCUGUGGAGGAAGCUUCUGUUUUCUGUUCAGUUGGUGAGCAUGAUGAUGAAGCUUCAACGAGCAAGGAACUGAUUAUGUCAACUCCUUCCUGCGUGCCUCCUGCACUGGAAAAUGCUGAAACUGCCAAGGAGGAAGUUGUAUGUUUCACAGCCUCUGGUGAGACAAGCAGUGGUGUUAAUGCUAUGGCUGAAGAGAAAAUUCCAUCGCUGGUUUUGGAUACUUCAGAGAAAGGAGAUUCAAUUGGAUCUACAAGGAAAAAGCUUCUUGUUCUCGAUGUAAAUGGAUUGCUUGCAGAUUUUAUUUGUUAUGUUCCUCCUGGAUAUAAGCCAGACAUUAUAAUAAGACAAAAAGCAGUGUUCAAGAGGCCAUUUUGUGAUGAUUUUAUUAAGUUUUGUUUUGAAAGAUUCGAGGUGGGUGUUUGGUCGUCAAGAACUCGGAGAAAUGUGGACAUGGUGAUAGAUUUUCUAAUGGGAGACUAUAGAGAAAAAUUACUAUUUUGCUGGGAUCAAUCACACUGUACCGAUACCACGUUCUCUACUGUAGAGAACAAGCACAAGCCUUUAGUCUUAAAGGAAAUAAAAAAACUGUGGAAAUACCUCAAGCCACGAGAGUUCAAUGCAUCAAACACCCUACUGUUGGAUGAUUCCCCACACAAGGCAUUAUGCAAUCCGGCAAACACUGCAAUAUUUCCUGUAACAUAUCGGUUUAGGGAUACUGACGAUACGUCGUUAGGACCGGGAGGCGAUCUUCGGGUUUUUCUGGAAGGUUUAUCGAUGGCAGAAAAUGUUCAAAAAUAUGUUGAGCAGAAUCGGUUUGGCCAACGUCCCAUUACAGAAAAGAACGCGUCUUGGAAAUUUUAUAGACGGAUCAUAUAUUUUGUUGAGCGAAAAAACGAUCAGGAGAAUAGCAAUUAUUUCCAAUGGAACUGAAAAGGUAAACUUGAGAGGCAUUUUCAUGCAUCUUUUUGGUAUAUCUUCUUGUAUGAAUGAAAAAAGUUUUACAUGUUAGUUCCUCUCCUGAUGUUGAAAGGUUUUUGAUGCAUUAAGGGAUCAAUUUCUAACCUUAGUUUUUCUUGAUCUAUAAAUCUUCUUUGGUUAAGCAAACAUGAAUGAAUGAAAAAUGUUAUAUGCUCUGUUUUUUUCA